AAGGGCCAUGGAAGAAAGCGCCAUCCCCUCUGUACUUAUAGUUCAGCUCUGCACGUCUCUUCACAUUGCUGUAAAAGACCACAGUGUCUGCUUAACAUUUUCAAAUCUUAAAUUUCAAUCAGCCAAAGCAAAGAUGUGGAGCCUCCAAAACCUGCUUUUCAUCCUCUGCAUUGUUCUGAGAUGUGUGACCAGUGCAGUAGGGGUGAUCCAUGUGACUGGAUAUGUGGGGAGAGAGGUUAACGUUUCCUGCUCUUAUAAUGAGGGUUAUGAAUCUUAUGAAAAGUACCUGUGUAAGAACGACUGUGGUAGUGACGAUGUUCUUAUUACAACAUCAAACUCCGUGAAAAACAAAUACAGGGUCCAUGAUGACAAAACAGCACGAAUCUUCACAACGACCAUCACUGAUCUUCAAUCCACGGAUGCUGGGAAAUAUUGGUGUGGAGUGACCAGAACUGGGAAUGAUAUCUACACUAAAGUCGAGCUGAAAUUAGUACGAGACAGCUGCUGUGACACUGUGACCAAAGUUCAAAGUUAUGAGGGAUAUUCGGAGUCUGUCAGUUGUCGGUAUGAGUCUCAGUACCAGAACAGCCUGAAGUACAUCUGCAGAGGAAAUCAGCCCUCCACAUGUCUGCAGGAUGCACUAAUCACCUCUGACACCAAACUAAAUGGACGAUUUAGACUUGAUGAUGACAAAGUGUUAGGAACAUUCACAGUGAACAUUAACAGUUUGACUCAAAAUGAUUCAGGAUCAUACCUCUGUGGUGUCCAAAGAAACUCUGAGCUGGAUGUUUUCUCUGCUAUUGAGCUGGAAGUUGAAGAGUGGUGCUGUGUCAAAGCAAAACACAUAAAUGGUAUUGCAGGACGUCCACUAACGUUGCAGUGUCCUUAUCCUCCACAACACCAAAAUAACAGGAAGUUCCUCUGUAAGGGAGACCACCGCAACAAAUGCACAGACAUCUUGAUGGAUCAAAGGUUCACACUGCAAGAUGAUGCUGCCUCCAGCUCCUUCUUUGUGAUGAUCAGAUACUUAGAUGUACAUGAUACUGGGACAUACUGGUGUGGGUCAGACCCACAGUGGAGAGUUGGAAACUACACCAAGAUUGAGCUUUCAGUGGUGACUGUGAGAUGUGUGACCUGUGAUAUUGGGAGGACACGCAGUUGAGUUUUUCUACGCAGACCACUAUGACAAGAUAAUGAAGAGACUAUGAACGCCACGGCUCAUCCCUGCCAUCCAACUCUUCCUCUGGUCAUACAACAUCUGGAAGGCUAAGAAUGAUCCCACAUGCAUUGUGAUGUCUGUUCUUCAUGACCUUAAACCAUCAUUAAACAUAGGACUAGCCAUCGACGAUGUGCUCGACCACAUACUGGAUUAUGCUGAUACUGUUAAACUGAGACUGGUCCGCAUGGUCAUGAAUUACUCAUAGGGAAGCGUAAGAUUUAAUGUAUGCUGUUCAGUAUUCAUUGUGAAUGUGAAUUAAAUAAAAAGAUGUGUUAACAUCAA